CUUCCCUAAAACUCCACCGAACCCCAUUGCCUCUCUCCAUCCUUGACCAAACCCUAACCCAAACAUGAAAAUAUUUAACAUUCCAAACCCUUUCUUUCUCUCAAAACUCAAGAUUCAAGAAGCGACACAGAGAAACUGAACAUGAACACGUUGUUAUCACAUGAGAAUUAGAGGAAAAAGGGAUAGUGAAUUCAGUUAUUUGAGCAAAAGCACUGAAGAAAAAUCAACCAAGAACGAAUCCCAUCUUGUAAGAUAGAGAAAUUCCCUCGUUUUGCGUCUGAAUUUGCUUCUGUUCAUCCAGAUUCUGCAUAAUAUGAAGAAGCAGACCGGUAUUUCAACUGUACUGAUGGAUCAGUUAACAGCUCAGGGUCGCCCUUUGCCGCCUCCGUUUCUCGCCAGAGAUCUUCAGCUCCAACAAUUCCAGCACCGCCAGCAGAAUCUUGAAGAUGAACAAAGCGAAAACGAUAAUAAAUACCGCAGCCGAAAGCGAGAUCGUCACGACAAUUACGGUGUUUCCACCACCACGACCACUGGCGACGCAGCCGAAAAGGAGGAAGAGCUACUGCCGGCCACCGGAGAAGGAGAAAUGACAAGAAGACCUAGAGGUAGACCCGCCGGUUCCAAGAACAAACCAAAACCCCCUAUAAUCAUCACUCGAGACAGUCAAAAUGCACUCAGAUCCCAUGUAAUGGAAGUCACCGACGGCUGCGAUAUUCAAGAAAGUGUGUCCAUUUUAGCCACACGGCGGCGGAGAGGUAUUUGCAUACUGAGUGGCAGCGGCACUGUGAAUAAUGUCACUCUAAGACAACCUUCUGCACCAGGCUCAGUGUUAACGCUACAUGGAAGAUUCGAAAUCCUAUCCCUGUCUGGUUCCUUUCUGCCACCUCCGGCCCCGCCUGCUGCGUCAGGAUUGACCAUAUAUUUAUCUGGCGGACAAGGCCAAGUCGUCGGAGGCAAUGUCAUGGGGCCACUUUUCGCUGCCGGUCCGGUGGUGAUUAUGGCAGCCUCAUUUGGUAACGCAGCAUAUGAAAGGCUACCUCUAGAGGAUGAAGAGCCACCAAUGGCUGUGGCGCCAGGCAGCGGAGCCGUUGGAUCACCACCAGGAACUAUUGGCCAGCAAGGACAACAGCUUAUGCCUGAUCCUAACACAAAUCUUUUUCAUGGGAUGCCUUCAAAUCUCCUUAAUUCAAGCCAAUUACCCACCGAGGCUUACUGGGGGACAGGUCGUCCUCCUUUUUAACAAGAUUUCUCUGCACUUUGUAAAAUUUGAUUUAUAAUUAGUUUGUUGAAAUCAUGGUGUCAUCUGUUAAUUAAUCUGCCUUUGAUUGAUUGAAGAGGAAUGUGAAAUUCAUGAAUUAUUGCGGGU